GUCUAUCUUCGCAACACGCUCAAGUUAUCGACACCGGUAGUGUGCUGUGCUGCUGCCGGCUUUAGACAGAUCCGGACCCCUGUAGCAGUUGAAUGCAUUGCUGGCAGAGUGGCGAACAGCACCCAUGGCACUCACUGCAUCCCCUCAAUCUGCUUUGCAAGACUUCUCCUGGGAUGAGGCGAUAGUACCCACUCUCAGAAAGCGCCUCGAGAACGAGAGUCGUGCUCUUUCGAAACGCAUGUCCAACGUCCCAGCCGGGGUGGAAGAAGAUGGAACAAUCGGGACUAGCAAGAGAACGGCACCGCGCACGUCGGCAUCGAGCAACAGGACAGGUGGACGCGUGACUCCGUCGAGCACGAGCACGGAACGGCCCAGUGCCAUCCCACGCCCCAGCCUCAAUUACUCGCGACCAAAUAACGCGACCUCUUCACAAGGGAACAACAAGAGUGACAAGAGUAGGCCGGGCCAACAACGAUCACGCACGUUCUCUACUCCGUACGCUUUCGAUCCAAGCCUAACGUCGACGGCAAAUGGUCCAAACGGCCAUUCCACGCCUCCUCCUACCCGCACAACCGACACAAGCAACGCGCUUCCGACUCCAGCGUCCUCUCGUUCCAAUUCCCCUUCAAUGCCUUCUCCGCCAGUGUUAGAGACAAGAAACGCUCGGAACACUAAAACCUCCGGAAAUAAGCGAGCUGAUCCCAACGGCAGAACCACACCAACCUAUAAUCGACCUAUGAACGAUGAGUACGACUAUGGUGAACACGGCGACUGGGAUGCUGAUGAAGACACCUAUGACGCGUCAUACUCCUCAAUCAACGUCAACGUACCUCAAGGCGCAAAGACAAACGGCAUUCUGCAAGAAGCCCCACCAUUCUCGGCCAAUUCAUCAUUUGCAUCCGACGUCGAAGUACGGCCUUCUCUAGAAGAACGCCCCUAUGAACACUGGUAUCGUGGUGAUCUAUCUCGAAACGGUGGUGUUGGAGAGCUACGUAUUGGGAACAGAAUGGAAAUGCUUGAGAUUGCAAGUUACGGACACAAGCUGCGGAAAAUCAGGAAUGAUACCUUGUCACGACAGAGACGGCGUGCGGAAAGUAUUGGACAUCGGGAAAGUGUAGUAUUUGAUGACGAGCCAGACAACGCUGCUCCCUUAGUGUUGGAUGAAACUCCUUUGACGGACAUGGAAGUUGAUACAGAGCAUGAAACUGAUAGAGAAAUGAGUCUUCCUAGACCACAGCAAUCCUCUCUUGAGCAGCCGAAACGCACGGCUCGUUCUGAAGCUCAACCUUCGAGAACUGUAGCUCUUCCAUCUACUCCGAAGCAUCGUCAACCUUCUCAAAUACCCCGUGCAACGCCUAACGCCCCACGGACGAACCAAAGGACUGCGUCAGAACCUCUUCAGCAGAAACCACUAUCUUCCUCAACAUCUUCCGUACCGCCUUCACGUUCAGGAUCCUCUGCAAAUCCGAAUACAGCAAGGAUACCCAAUCCUCAAUCUCAGGGAUUGCCUUCUACGCCAGCACAGAAACGUGGGCGCGCGAAGUCUCCGGCAGUAACUUCAUCAGCGAGUAAGAAGCCCCGGCCUUCAGCGGGAGCUCAACAGAAGCGGUCGAAGUCGGUGGGCAAUGAACGUCUGUUACCGAGGGCGGUCUCAGAGUACCCUAGUAUGCCUGACGGGCCUGGGAAUAUGGCUGAUGCUAUACCGAGUUGGACUCAGCCUAAGAAGGCGGAUAAUUGGGAUGAUGUCGUGCUUCCGGCCGUUGCUCGGAAGAUGGGUUUGGAAGAUCAGUAUGAAGAAGCGGAUGGGAGUCCGAAAGCUCAACGACCAGCGUCUCAAGAAGUCAUUCCUCCUCAACCCGGUACGUUCGGGAUUGACUAUAGUAAACGUCGAUCGCGUUACGAUCCUAUGACCGGGGAGGAGAUUCCCUUGAGCGAACUAGAGAAAGUGGAGGAAGACAGGUCACCUGUGAAGGUCGGUAAUGACGAGGCGCUUCGCAAGUCUAAACGAUUCAGCAAGAUGAACGGCGCUCCCGGGACGCAUUUGAAUGAUGGGCAUCCACCGUUUAACAAGGGCUAUAUCCCUUCGGCAUCGCCUGCUCCUUUUGCAGAGUACACAAGGCCCAAUAAUUUGCCGGAGCAUGAUUUGGCGGAACAGCAUGAGAGUCGGAGUGCGUGUUGUGGAUGCGUUAUCAUGUAAAGAGGAUUCGGCCGCCUUCUUCGCUUCACCGUCCUCCCCUUCCAACCGUUUUCUUAUCCGUACGCGGACUUUCCUCUGUUCCUUCGCUUCUUCAAUCUUCCUCGAGUCUAUGUCUAUGUUCGUCAUCAUCUGCUUUAUUGGGCUUUCGAUCUCUGUCUGCUCUGAUCUCCCGUCCUCGUUCUUUCGGAUCUAUUCAUUCAUUCCUUUAGUAUGUGCCAUAUUUAUGGUCUUUAUAUAUCCUCCCCGUCAUCAUGAAUAUCUUUUAUCUCUAUCACCAUGCUCUCUGCUUUUGGCUCGUGGUAGUACUGCUACAAUUGCUGCUUCUUUCUGGCUUUUUAUAGCUUUCGUCAUGAUCGUUAUGUGUUGAAUCUCUUUUCCUUUUCUCUUUUACCGUCUAUCCACUAGUGUUUUCUCGCGCGCGCUCCGUUUCCGAUGCAAUGACUCCCUCUACUCCUCUUUCAGUUUAAGCAUUCUCUUUAAAUUCCGAAUUCAAAGUUGUACAGUGCCUUUCUCGUUUUCCCUCCUUCCGUUAUUUCCCCCUUUUCAACGAUCCUUU